UGCAGCGAAAGCAUGGGUUUGUUGUCAUUUGGUUUCGGAAUCUGUUUUGGGUUUUAUUUAAGAAAUACAAGAAUAGGGGAUAAUAUAAGAAACAAAUUGUUUGUGGUGCAAAAGUUGCUUAAAAAUCAUAAUAUCUCACAAUACAAACUUACAUUGGUUGUUAGAGAUGAUUUGAAUAUGGGAAAAGGAAAAAUAGCUUCUCAGUGUUCUCAUGCUUCUGUAUUAGCUUACAAAAAUAUUAAGUUAUUGAAUCCUGAAGUAGCAGAAAUCUGGGAAGCUUUUGGACAAACGAAAAUUGUUUUGAAAACCUCAAGCAGCAAAAGCCUACUUGAGUUAGCAACAAAUGCUGAGAAUGAAGGACUAUUAACAAAUAUAGUAUGUGAUGCCGGUAGAACUGAAGUUGUUGCUGGAACCAAAACUGUUUUGGCAGUGGGACCAGGUCCAAAACAUGUGGUUGACAAAGUUACUGGACAUUUGAAAUUAUUAUAAAUCGCUAAUAAUGCAUUAAUGUCUAAAUUAAAGUUAUUUUCUUUUAAAUGACUGAGUUAUAUUUCAAAUUCUUCUACAGCUUUCUUUUCGUAAUAAUUGCUGCUUCAAGUCACAUCAAUCUAUUAGGUUAUGUUUCUGUCAGGUAACUGGGUCUUAUGUCAAUCAAAUUAUUCAACUUUGAUGAAAAACAUUUUAAGUUGUAUAAAAAUGUUCUCCAGAGUAAACCAGAAUAAUUCUUUACUUAAUUCUUAUAUCGAUGGAAACUAAUUUUUAGAUUUAUCACUUUGGUAAAAUGCUACUUUAUGACUUUUAGACCUGCACCUUCAAUUUUAAACUUGAAGAUUUUGGGUAGCACAAGUGCCGCCGAUAAAUCGCAAAAAGGCUAAAAUGAAGGACUAAUAAGGUAAAAAUUGUUCUUCUCAAAAACUUGGCUGUAUUGAUGCAUUUCGAACACACAGUGAAAAUAUAUACAGCACAAUAAAAAUGUUGUUGCCUUUUUUGCACAAGAGAACUUUAACAGAAAAUGUAUGUACGAAGAAAAAGGAGCAAUAAACAAAAAAUUUAAAAGAGCUAGUAAAUAAUAAAACUAUUAAGUAUAA